AUGGAUCAUAAUCUUAGAUCAGGUGAAACCUUAUCUGCUGACCAUCAUUCUUCUUUAAAAAGGCGUAAUAAUGAAGAACUAGCAUCUGAAGAAACCACUAUCAGCAAUUCUUCUCGUGACUAUGACAAUCAAAUGGAGUUUGGAAUAAUUCAGGAAACAUCGUACUCAUUGAGAGAUCAUCCUCGUAAAGCAGUAUGUGCAUUUGCCUUGUUUACAAUCAUAGCAAUGACUAUUGGCAUAAUUACAGUUUGUCUUGGUCUUCCAAAAGAAACAGGUAUAGUUUAAUUUGUUGUCCUAGUUUCCUAAUACUUAAACUAUUUUCCAAAUAUGAUAAGAUCAAUUCAGACUGAAAUGUUAAACAUUUGAUGCUAAAAAGCUACAAAACAAAAUAAAAUAAUGUAGUAGGAUUCGAUGGCGCGAAAAAGUACUCGCCAUCGAAGCUCGACCGUGGUUUCAUUAAUCUAAAGGAGAAAAAAACAAUUUCGGUUCACUUCCGAAAAUACCGCGUGAAACUAAAACCAUUAAAUCAUCAAAUAGAUGUGAAAGUUUUAAAUCUAUUUUGAAAAGUUUUCAUUAUUGAAUUGUUGAGAUUAAAGAUACCACAUAUGUCAGUAUUGAAACAAAACAAUAUUCUAUAUAUAUAUAUUGAAUUCUUUAAUCUUAAGUAUUGUAAAUAAAGAUUUCUUGACAUAGAUUUAAGAAUUUUUAUAUCUGUCUGAUGAUUUUACAAUCCAAUUCCUUUAAUACUUCCAGAGUGUUUUCUUCUACGUUUUCGGUUCUGGUUCGAAGAAAUUCGAAAAUAUCGAUUCCAGUUCG